UCAGGUCCGGUCCAGUCUGUGGGAAGCGGGCCGAAAGACCUGAGUCCUGCCCACUGGUCACCCCAACCUCCUCCUCCCCGCCGGCGGCCACGGCAGCGACGGCGAGGAAGGCGGCAUGAGCGUGUUCGGCGGCGACAGCUGGGCGCGUGAUGCGCAGCAGCGGAAGCGCCGCCUCGACGACCUCAUGCUACCGGCCCCGGCGUCCUCAUCUCCCUCGACGCCCGAAUCCUUCAGGAGGCUCCCCAACGGCAAGCUCGCCUGCCUCGUGUGCCCCAACCGCCCGGUCCUCGACUCCCCCCUUAUGCUCUCCAUGCAUAAUAAAGGUGCACGGCACAUCGCAGCAGAAUCUAGGCUGAGGGAGAAAGAACUAUCUAAGAAGCACGAAAUUAACAAGAGAAUGGCUCUCUCAUCAGAUGCUUCCCAUUCAAAUUCUGGUAAUGCACACUCCAGUAGUAAGCCUACCAAUAUGAAAGAAAAGCCACUAAUUGAGCAGACACGGAGGGCAAUCCUGGAAUCACAAUCAAGCAGGUUCCAUGAUUUCAAUGCCAAGAAGGUAUCUCAUGAUUUGAAGUGGACAACAAAUACUUCAUCCUCUGAUCCCCAUGUUGCUCCUUCUGACGUUCCGAUGGAAAAAUUGACUGGAAAUACUAGAUCAAUACAGUGUAACAGCAGUAAAGGAGAAUCUUUUGCUGGAAAUCAGAUUCAAGGCAAGUUACCUUCAGAUUGGCAAACAGAAGCCCGAAAACGCCAGGAGCAAGAACUUCAGUUCACGGCUUCUGGCUGGAAACGAGAUGGCCAUGGAAGAUGGUACAGAGAUGAAAAUAAGCGUAAGUUCUUACCUAUUAGAAGCUGCAGGUGCAUGCGAAGCUAAUAUGAUGAAGAGGUAACAUCAUUAUAUUUUUUAUUUGUAUUUCAGACUAUUUAAAUUUUUUUCUUUUGUCUAUUCUCUCACUUUAGUUCUUUGGAAACUUAGGUCAGGUACAUUUCAUGUCUUGUAAAGUAGCAGUUACGUUAUUGCUUAAUGCCAUAGGCACCUUCCACUUGUGGUAAAUAUCCAAACAAAUGCCAUGAUCCUUCGCAAUGAUCCAUGUUGAGAACUAAUAAAUUGAGAUGGCAUAGGGAUUUUGAUACACAGGCUACUGGACAGCCACAAUGGUCAAGGUUAGAUGCAAUUGCAAAGAACACAUUGGAUGGGGUGUUGUUUCUCUGCAGCAGAGUUUAAGGUUAUUGAGUAAAAUUAUCGUGUCUGAUGCCUCAAAAUUGGUGAAAUUUUACUGGAAGGUGUGCUAUCUGCUAUACAUAAUUUGUUGGAGAUGUUGCCCUUUUAGUUGUAUAUUGAACAUGCUAGUUUUGAAUACAACUUUAAAUAUUGUAUGCUGAAUACACAUGGCAUUAAUGUCAUCUAACUAGAAGAAAUUGAAAGGAAUGACGACUUUGCUCGAGGAUUAAAUUAAUCAGAUUAGUUGGCUUUCCCCCAUUAAUUUGACCAUGUGGAGGCAGCGUUGUUGCUUCUUCCUUGAUUAAUCCAGAGUCCUCGAUAUAUCUCUAUAAAAACCUUAAUGGUCUGCUUGCUAGUACUACCUCCACAACAUUCUGUUCCUUUUCAUAACUCAGAAGUGCAGAGCUUGCUUUGUGCCAUCUAAAUCAAAAGAUGGCAAACACUAAUUCUGCAGAAGGGGCACAGCAGACCAACCCUGAAAAGGUCAAGCUGGUCACUGUUCUGAGCAUCGACGGUGGCGGUGUUAGAGGAAUCAUCCCGGCCGUCAUCCUUGCCUUCCUCGAAGAGAAGCUCCAAGAACUGGAUGGACCAGAUGCUAGGAUUGCUGACUACUUCGACGUUGUUGCCGGCACGAGCACCGGCGGUCUCUUGACGGCGAUGCUCACAGCCCCGGGCAAGAACGGACGACCACUCUUCAACGCCAAGGAUUUGGCGCAGUUCUACAUCGACCACUCGCCCAAAAUCUUCCCACAGAAGAACUGGAUCCUAUCCAAAAUCUUUAGCAUGUUGAGGAUGGUAAGGGGCCCCAAGUAUGAUGGCAAGUACCUUCAUGCGCUGCUUCGUCAGUACCUUGGCGACUUGAGGUUGGACAAGACGCUAACUAAUGUGAUCAUCCCAACCUACGACAUCGCCAUCCUGCAGCCCACGAUUUUCUCAAGCUUUGAGCUUAAGCACCGGCCAUAUAAAAAUGCACUGCUGUCUGACAUCACAAUCAGCACCUCCGCCGCUCCAACCUUCUUCCCGGCACACUACUUCGAGACAAAAGACGCGGAUGGCAGUACCAGGGCCUUCAACCUCGUCGAUGGAGGCCUCGCCGCUAACAAUCCCACCCUGAGUGCGAUGAGCCAGGUGUCGAAGGACAUCAUCCUUGGGGACCCCGACUUCUUCCCCGUGAAGCCGGUGGAUUACGGCAAGUUCAUGGUGAUCUCCCUCGGCUGCGGGUCGAACCGGACGCGCAAGUACAGUGCCAAGGCCGCGGCCAAAUGGGGCAUCUUCAACUGGCUCAUCAUGGACGGCACGGCCCCCAUCAUCGACAUGUUCAACGGAGCCAGCGCUGACAUGGUCGAUAUCCACCUCUGCGUCCUCUUCAGGGCCCUGCACUCCAGUCACAACUACCUGCGCAUUCAGUAUGAUCAGUUGACGGGCAGCGCGGGCUCCGUCGACGACUGCUCCAAGGAGAACAUGGACAAGCUGGUGAAGAUUGGGAAGGACCUCCUCACCAAGAACGUCUCCCGGGUGGACCUGGAGACGGGCCGGAUCGUGGACAUUCCCGGCGAGGGCACCAACGCCGAGAAGCUCGCCAAGUUCGCGAAGCAGCUCUCCGACGAGCGACGCCGGCGCCAGAAUCUUCCCAAGUAGAACUAAAUCUAAUGCACAGCACAGUUGACUGCGUUUACAACGUUAUCUAGAUAGCUGCACGCGUUUUCGUGAUUUUGUCGGCAUUUGCAUUCCAUUCAUUUCCCCGUGUUGUCGUCACGUACUAGUUUGAUAUGUAUUGUAAAUAAGCAGAAGAACGGGUUUAUUUUACUUGUAAUAAAGCAACUCUGGACGAACGUCUCGAAUGUUGUUUUGAAAGAUCU